AUGGAGGCGUUCCAGAUGCCCGAGGUGGAAGAAGGGGAGGAAGAUUGCCGGACUCCCAAGAGCAGCGAAUUUCGAAUUCCGGCGGUUCAACCGUGUCCUCCGCCGCCCAAGAAGAAGAGGGAGCAGCACAUUGCUGGUGGGAAGAAGCAGGAACCGCCAAAGAACGGCUACUUCCACCACCCGAAUAUUGAUGCUCUGUUCCGGUUGAAGCCACGAUGA